AUGUGUACAGUGCUCUUCCAUGGUUUUUAUGAGGGGUAAUAUUUGGGAUGUGUUCGUAGGAAAGUUAAGAGUUAACAGUAUUAAGAAGUGCUAAAUGCUUAUAUGUAUGAUGCUUUGUGACAUUAAACUGGUGUUAACUUCUUUUAGUUUCUUUACACCCUAGACCUGAUGGCACUGAAAGAGGAGAGUCCAGAUCUAAAUGAAAUGGAAGAGAAAAACUUAAUGACUGGUGAAGAAUCUUUUAGCUACUCACAGAUUGAUAAAACAGAAACUAGAAACCUUAAAGUCCAGAUGAGAAUUCAGACUGGAGAGAAGCAUUACACCUGUGAACAAUGUGGAAAGAGUUUCAGUCUAAAAGACAGCUUUAGAGUCCACUUGAAAAUCCACACUGGAGUGAAGCCUUACUCCUGCAAACUGUGUGGAAAGAGUUUCUUACUAAAAGGACAUCUUAAGACUCACAUGCGAGUUCACAAUGGAGAGAAGCCUUUCAUCUGCUCUCAGUGUGGCAAGAGUUUUAGACAGAAAAAAGAUCUUAAUACCCACAUGACAAAUCACACUGGAGAAAAGCUUUACUCCUGCAAACUGUGUGGGAAGAGCUUCAGACGAAAAGACAAUCUUAAGAAUCACAUGCGAGUUCACACUGGAGAGAAGCCGUUCAUCUGCUCUCAGUGUGGAAAGAGUUUUAGACAGAAAAGAGAUCUUAAUACCCACAUGACAAAUCACACUGGAGAAAAGCCCUACUCCUGCAAACUGUGUGGGAAGAGCUUCAGACGAAAAGAAAAUCUUAAGACUCACAUGAGAAUUCACACUGAACAGAAGCCGUUCAUCUGCUCUCAUUGUGGCAAGAGUUAUAAAUGGAAAAGAAAUCUUAAUGGCCACAUGAAAAAUCACACUGGAGAAAAGCCUUACUCUUGCAAACUAAGUGGGAAGAGCUUCAUGCAAAAUGAACAUUUUAAGACUCGCAUGAGAAUUCACACUGGUGGAGAUGAUCCAUUUGUUUGUGAUCAGUGUGGAAAGAGUUUCAGAUUUAAAGCACACUUUAAUAAUCAUCACAUGAGGAUUCACUCAGGAGAGGACUGUUUUGUAUGUCAUCAGUGUGAAAGGAGUUUCACAGACAGGCGUCACCUUGAGAAUCAUGUAAAAAUUCACAUCGGGGAGAAGCCUUACAUGUGCCAUCAAUGUGGAAAGACUUUAACAAACAGAGCAAACCUGGAGGAUCACAUGAGAGUUCACACUGGAGAGAAGCCUUUCACCUGCCAAGAGUGUGGAAAGAGCUUCACGGUUAAAGGAAACCUUAAGACGCACAUGAGAAUUCACACUGGAGAGAAGCCUUACAAGUGUGUUCAGUGUGACAUGAGUUUCCAAUAUCAUAUAAGCCUGAAAAAUCAUUUGCAAACUCAUUCUGGAAAGAAUUCAUUGAUUUCCUCAGAGUGACGAGGUUUA